UCCACUCCUUAAAUAGAUAGAAACACACUUUAUGUGAGUGAUCAAGAACAAAGCAAAUUAAGCUCUCUCUCUCUUUGGAUCACUCCGAGCUCCGGCACCGGCGAAGAAGAAGGAGAAGGAGAAGGAGAAGGAGAAGAGAAUUAUCGUUCGAACGGUCGGAUACUUGUCGACGGAGAUGUCAGACUGGGGGCCGGUGUUCAUCGCGCUGGUGCUGUUCAUCCUGCUGUCCCCGGGGCUGCUCUUCCAGAUCCCCGGGAAGUCCCGGAUCGUCGAGUUCGGCAACUUCCAGACCAGCGGCGUCUCCAUCGUCGUCCACGCCCUCAUCUUCUUCGCCCUCCUCGCCAUCUUCAUCAUCGCCAUCGGCGUCCACAUGUUCCUCGGCACGUGACCGUAUGUAGAAUCCGUCCGUCGGUCGUACUGCUUUACGAUUUGAGCACUGCAUGUGAUGAACGGUGGAUUCGACUGUCUCCACCUGAGGAUAUAUGGUUCUCCCGAAUGGAUGUUUUUUUUUUUUUUUUUUUUUUUUAUUGCUAUAUAUAUUGAGAUAUGUUCCUUGAAUUUUUAGAUGGUGUUUUCUCGGUUCCUGGAUUAUGAAUUUUAAUAAACAUGUAUUAUUGGACUAAGAGGAAUUUGUCCGGAGCCAAACUGUGCGGUCUUUAUUUUAAUCCGAACUUUCCGCCAUAUUUUAUUUUA